AGAAGGUUUUUUGUACACUAACUUGGAUGUCCGCGGCGUCAGUGCGCAUUCCGCCGGUGUGCGAGUCGGUCCUCGGGGGAGAGAUAGAGAGAGAGAGAGAACGCGCAUGACGACCACCUAUACGACGGCCGCGCCCCCAAAGGAUUCGAACCCACGCCACAGAUGCUGAAGACCCAGCGAGUGUUCGUGUGUUGAGGUGUUACCUCCCCCCGGUUCCGACUGUUUGUUUGUUGUUUCGACUCCUCCCCCGCACACGCUCGUGUCUGGCCCGAGGACUCGACCCGUCUGACGAUGAACUGUAACCUGUGCCUCGUCGUGGCGGGCUGCCUUCUGGUCGCGGCGUCCGCGGAGCCGCAGAAGAGGCGAAAAACGGUGGCGCGGUCGCCCAUCCCGGUGGUGGACCAGUCGGCGUCCUCCUCCUGGUGGCAGGACGCCCAGGUGCUGGGAGACGGCGCGACGGGCGGCGGCGGCGGCGGCGGCGCGGGCGGCGGCUUCUUCACCAGCACGCACGGCCUGGUGCAGACGCACCCCGCCGGCAGCUCCGACUUCAAGUCCUUCGACUUCGGCAACCGCGCGACCGAAGAGCUGCGCCGCAACCCCUCACUCACGCCCGCCGACGAGUGCGCGCGCGCCUGCCGCGAGAACGAGCCCCCUCGCAUCUGCUACUACCACUUCACGCUGGAGCUGUACAACGUGCUGGGCGCUGCGUGUCAAGUGUGCGUUCCGAAUGCCACCAAUACCGUGUGGAGCCACUGCCAGUGCGUGCUUGCUGACGGAGUGGAAAGAGGUCUUCUCACCGCCAACCGGAUGCUGCCUGGACCAAGCAUACAGGUCUGCGAGAACGACAAGGUGGUGAUCGACGUGGAGAACGCGAUGGACGGCCUCGAGGUGACCAUCCACUGGCACGGCGUGUGGCAGAAGGGCUCCCAGUACUCGGACGGCGUGCCGUUCGUGACGCAGUGCCCCAUCCAGCAGGGCAACACCUUCCGCUACCAGUGGAGGGCGGACAACGCCGGCACGCACUUCUGGCACGCGCACACCGGUCUGCAGAAGCUGGACGGUCUGUACGGCAGCAUCGUGGUGCGGCAGGCGCCGUCCCGCGACCCCAACAGCCACCUCUACGACUAUGACCUGACGACGCACGUGGUGCUGCUGAGCGACUGGAUGCACGAGGACGCGCAGGAGAGGUUCCCCGGACGGCUGGCCGUCAACCCCGGCCAGAACCCGGACACGCUGCUCAUCAACGGGAAGGGCCAGUUCCAGGACCGGAACACCGGCUUCAUCACCAACACGCCGCUCGAGGUGUUCACGAUGACCCCCGGCCGCCGCUACCGCUUCCGCUUGAUCAACUCGCUGGCGUCGGUGUGCCCCGCGCAGCUCACCAUCCAGGACCACGACCUCAUCCUCAUCGCGACCGACGGCGAGGCCAUCCAUCCGGUCGUCGUCAACACCAUCAUCUCCUUCUCCGGCGAGAGGUACGACUUCGUGAUCAAUGCUGAGCAGCCGGUGGGCGCGUACUGGAUCCAGGCUAGAGGCCUGGGCGAGUGCGGGGAGGGCCGCAUCCAGCAGCUCGGCGUGCUGCGCUACGCCAGAGGCCCGCACGAGCCGCUCAUGGACCCGCCCACCUACGACGUGGGGCUGCCCCAGGGAGUGGUGCUGAACCCGUUGGACGCCAUGUGCGACCGCCAGCGCUCCGACGCCGUGUGCGUGAACCAGCUGAAGAACGCGCAGCACAUCGACAAGGGCAUCCUGCAGGAGCGGCCCGACGUCAAGAUCUUCCUGCCCUUCCGGUUCCUGUUCUACCGGCCCGAGCAGCUGUUCGUGCCCAACACCUACAACCGAUACCUGGUUGCGCCGAGCGGCGACCACGUGAUCAGCCUGGUGGAUGAGAUCUCCUUCGUGUUCCCGCCGGCCCCGCCGCUGUCUCAGAUCGACGACCUGCCGCCCGAGCAGUUCUGCAACGGCGACAACCGCCCGCCAGACUGCGGCACCAACUGCAUGUGCACGCACAAGGUCGACAUCCCGCUCAACGCCGUCGUCGAGGUCGUGCUCGUCGAUGAAGUGCAACAGCCGAAUCUGAGCCACCCGUUCCACCUGCACGGCCAGGCGUUCAACGUGAUUGGUAUGGGCCGCUCGCCCGACACCAACGUCAAGAAGAUCAACCUGAAGCACGCGCUGGACCUGGACCGACGCGGACUGCUUCACAGGCAGUUCAACCUUCCCCCGGGCAAGGACACCAUCGCCGUGCCGAACAACGGCUACGUGGUGCUGCGCUUCCGCGCCAGCAACCCAGGCUACUGGUUGUUCCACUGCCAUUUCUUGUUCCACAUCGUGAUCGGCAUGAACGUGGUGUUCCAUGUGGGCACGCACGCCGACCUUCCCCCGGUGCCGCAGGGCUUCCCGACCUGCGGCAACUUCCUCCCGCCAAUCAGCUUACACUGACACGCCCUCUCUUAGGCGUUCGUCCCUGUGAUUCGCACGCUCGCCUGCGCGGAACUUUUCCCCCCCUUCCCCCUUUUCAAUGAGAACUCCUCCCACGUCCUCGUAGCUUCUCGAACUUUCCAGCGUGUUGGAGUCGACGCGCGUCUUUUCCGUGUGGGUAUUCGAGAGUGUCUGCGACGAGCACGGAGGCUUGUGAAGUAUGCGUCGGUUUUCAGUUCAGUGUUUCUCUGGCGCGACCAACUCGUGAUUCCAUUAAACAUGUUUAUGGGUGGGAUUAUUAUCCCAUUCAGUUUAAAGGCGUGCAUGAACUGUAAAUGUUUUUAAGGUUUUUUAGCAAAGCAACUAAUGAGAUUUAAUGUAGUCGCUGGGAUAUGAACCAAAUAACUCAUGCCAUCAUUACAUUUAGUAAGGAAAAAUAUUUUUUUAUUAUAAAAAUGUUACUCUGAAACAUAAAGUAUUGGUAAAUAAUAAAUACGUUUUUAUAUGUUUACAAGCCUAGGGAAGCACACUGAAAAUCGAUUAAGCAGGAAAUAGUUGUUUACUGUAUUGAAACUAAAAGUUAGACCCCAAUCUUCUCAUUUUAUUUUCAUUUAUCGCCUUAUUGACCCUGCCGCAAUUUUAACUGGCAACCUCAAGCAAUGCUUUUUGGUUGCUGUGACUUCGAUGCGGCAGGGCGAUAAACCAUUUUAUCAUUCAUGGUACUUAAAUUAAUUAAUGACAGGGUCUAUUGAGUGCAAUGUGUGUAUGUAGCUAUGUAUUAUAAUUUUUGUAUAGUUAAUAGUUAUUUGCAAGAAAGUAUGUUUGGAACAUAUUUGUUUCAAAUUUUUCCUGUCAAUGUUUUUGUUGUUGAGAAUUAUUUAUAAUCUUGUUAGCCAGAUUCAGUCAGGGUAUUACUGAAUGUGAAUUUAUGAAACUUUCACCAACAGCAAUCAUUUUUUUAAAAAUAUAUAAACCGUGUAUGACAUGUAUUAUUCUCAAGAUAUUUAUUAAAUUAAAAACGAAGUUAACUACUACUAUUUGUAUGUAACUAUGAAGUUACCGUAUCCGUUUUUUUAUACGUAAAAUACACAAAAUUUUUUUUAAAUAUGCUAUAGCAAUUUUUGAAUAAAAGGUCUGGUGAUAUCGUGUAGCAUUAGUUCUUAAUGCAUUGAAAUUUUCAUUACAUUUAAAGAAUUGUUUUUAAUUGUUUUCUUAGCAAAAAAUGUGUAAUAAUAAUUAGAAAUGCUUACCUUAACGGUAACAAAUUUUUGAAAGUAUUUGAAUAAUAAUUAUUUUAUUAUGUUUUUGAUGAUAAUUAAAUGCAAUAUGCUGUGCAGGUAUAAAAACGUAGCAAUUUUAAAUGUUCCACACUUAGUUUGAGAUUAACAGUUGAGUGCGGCAAUGAAAAAAAAAAUGUAAUUAAAAUUUGUUCGGUCAUUUGUAUUUUAUGAUUAGAUGAGUUCUGAAUAUGUAAGUUCUCAUGCAAAUAUUUGAGUAUAAUGGUAAAUAAGUCUCAUCUACUAUAGGGUUUUGUAAAUGUCUAUUGCAUGUACCAAAGCAUGUGAACAAUUCGCAUAAGAACGCUCAUCAUUCGCAGUUUUAUUUUAUUUAGCAACUCUAAAAAUAUUUCUUUAAUUUCUAAGAAAGCUCAGAUUUCAACUGUGAUACUUACUUAUAUAAAAUACGAAGCCUGAAAAUGAAGUUAAGUAAUAAAAUGUAAAAUCAUAUUCAUGCAAACAACUAAAAAAUGUUUUGUAAAAUAAUUAUCAUUAACAAAUUUGUAGUAAAAAUUUUUCUUAAGUGUGCUAAAAUUAACAGACUACUUGUGUAGCAAUUUGUGUAGCAAGAAAUAUUAAAUUGCUUAGAGUUGAAUUCUUCACGAAAUUUUGAAUAGUUAAAAAAAUAUAUAAUCUAAUUGAUGAAGGAGUUUUCUUAUUUUAUUAUUGUGACACAUUUUUAAACAUCUUGCCACCUUAAAAAUUAAAAAUUUUGAAAAUCAUAACGGAAAUGUGCCAACAUAUUCUGUAAUCAAACUUGGUCAAUAUUUUAAUACGUAAAUAAUUAUCUAGGAAUACUUAAGAUAAUCCUAUACACAGUUACAAAUGCAAUUUCAAUCAAGAAAAAAAUCAUAAAAUGUUUGUACAUUAUUGCGACGUUUAAUUGAAUGAAUUCAAAUUUUGCUUUGGUCUUCUAUGCUAUAACACAAUUCUGUAAUCCAUAACUUUGUCUACGAUGAUUUUCGUUGUGAUAUUUAUAUACGCAUGCAACUUAAAUUACGUUAUGCUAAUAGAAAUCGCAUGUGUAGAUAACCUAUGAUGUUCGGAAACUGAUGUGCAAUAUAUGUUUUGUAUUACUAUGUAUAAUUUUUUUACGCGUGUUUUCAAUUUAAUUGUAAAUAUUUUGUGAGUACACUAUUUCCAAAUAAAAGUAUUACUGAUUCA